UAGUUUGAGGACUGGCGUACUUGUAUCAAGUACUUGAUUUCUUGUUUACCAUUGCUUCAUCAUAUUUAAAUUCAUUAUGUAGUUGUAACAGAACAAAGAUAUUGCAGAGUCUCUUGGUAAAGGGAAUGUCCUUAUUUUCUUUUAGUACCCACUAUGUACUUAAAACCAGUGGGGACCUCUCGUAGUUACAAACUCGCUACGUAUGUACUUAAAUUUGAGUACGCCUACCCUUAUUUACCGAGGGCAUUUUUAAGCGUGUAGUACUAAACUUAGGUGGUACAUGUCUUUCGAAAAUGUGUUUUUUUUUUACUUUUGAGACAUUACAAAGCUUACUAUCAGCACCGACUAAUAUUGCAGGAUAAUAUAAUGCAUUAUUUUUUGUGAUGGUUCACUCACUCAAUUGGACAAGAAUAUUUUGGCAACCAAUGCCUUUUAGUUGGAAUAAAUCUGGUAAUUACAUACAAUUAGCUAUUAGACUUAUUCCAUAUGUAGACAUAUUACACGAUAAAGCCCCUAGAUUCUAGAUUCAUGCAUCCAAUUAUGGUUUGAGCAUUAAAAUCAAAGACAAUUUUACAUGCAUUUAUUAUGAAGAAAUGUCUUUAAUUUUAAAGCACAAACUAAUAAUGAGGCGAGUUUACAAAUUUAAUGUUUUUCAUCGCUACGUGCAACGCUUGUGGACAAUGCGAUGCUUUCACCAAUAUUUUUGACAAAGAUUGUGCCACUGCCAAUUGUCCAACCCCGAAGAAAGAAUAUCACUGCUGCAUUCCGUAAAAUAAUCCAGUCGACCUCACCUUUCUCUCUCUAGAAAGUCGAGAGAAAGUUUUUUCGAUAAUGUGGGUAUGGUUCUAUGCCAAUCGUGGUGGCGUAUUUUUCGCCAUACUCCGUAAAUGACGAUAUAUGGUCUAUGAAACUUCCACUCAUCCUGCAAAUAAGUAGCAUCGAUCAUACCAAAAUGGAUGAACUGAUGAAUGUAUGCACAUAUAUAGCAGUGCGUACUAUACAAAAUCGAGAAUUCGCCCACCUCUUUGCACAACUUCUUCCCUUGGUGUUUUUAGUUUUUUGGACUCCAUAUAAAUCACCACAUAAUAUUCAGCAGAAUUAGAAUUGGAACUUAUUUGAAAUAUAAGUAAACUUUCAGAGUUUAUACCUGUCUGUGUCUAUACAUACAUGUAGAUCUUAUAUAACGCCCAGUAAGCUAGCUACAUACAUAUAGUGACAAUAUCACCACCAGUUUCCUUCCCCAUUAUUACCUAUUUUCGCUGGUCGUUUUGAAAGAGAAAUUUGCAGUUUCCGUUGCAAGAGUGCCUAGAGAGAGAUAAAUGAUGGCUGUUAUUGAGCUCGCAUAAUAGAGAGUGCAGUUUCUUUUGCACAAAGGCAAAGCGGAAAUGGCAUUGACAGAAAUAAAAUUGUGUGGAAAAUUAGAUCUCUCUAUGUGGCGAGGUUCGGACGAUGACGAGGACAAAGAUUCCAUUGAUUUAUCCUCGUCCCCACUCCCAGGCAUUCCUUCAAAUAAUAAUCGAAUUAAUGGCAGUGUGGGCAAUCUUGGUGUGCCCACACCUCAAACGCCACCAGCAACACAAAAGGCCGGUGCUUUUGGCUCUGCUAAUAGUGUCCCCGCAUCCUCAAACUUUCUCCAAUCCAACACUAACGCCCGUCCUGCAGGAGGUGAGAGUGGAGACGACGGAAAGUUGUUGAAAUGGGACAGCAAUAAUCUGGUCCAAUCCGUAGCAGAGCCCAAUAAUCAAACCCAAACAGCAGCACAAUACUUGCCCUCUGAAAGUAAAAACUUGCCUGUGACAAACUUGGAAAGACGGGAAAACAGUACAAAGGAUUCGACCAGGGGUGGAGUUAAAAAAGUUGAAUUUGCACAAGGACCAGGAGGAGAAAUUAGUAUGAGUUCCGAAGUUUUCCCUAAUGGGUCACGGGAGAAAGUAAAAGGGGUACCGAUAAAACGCCCGACUCGUUCCACUUCAGGAAGUUUAUUACUAGAAAUUCGGAAAAUGUCGCUGGCAUCUCAAGAUGCAGAAGAGGAGAAGAAAAAACAGUCUUCGGCGGCGGCGACGUCGAACAUCACAGCGAAUAAAAGGGUUCGACGAAUCCGUAAGCGGAAACGGGAGGAAGAGUACACGGACAAGGACCGGGCUGCAGCGGUGACACUGGGGUCGAGGGAUAUCAAGCAGUCGUUGAAAGCGAAAAAGAAAAGGGAACGAAAAAUGCGAUUAUCGCUUGAUUUCAUGAGCAGCGAGGAAUAUUUGGCGUCAAUGCUGACCGUCGAAGCGUUGUAUCAGCUGAAAGUUAGAAAAACGCCACAGGCUGCGCUUGCCACUUUAAAUAAGGCGUUAGAGCUACAACCAACACACAAGGGUGCAUUGGUGGCACGAAGUCAGUGUCACAUUAAGCUCGGUGACGCCAAUUCAGCUUUAAAAGAUGCGGAAACAUCUUUAGGGAAAAAUGAGACAUUUAUCCAGGGUCUGUAUCAUUAUGCUGAGGCCUUGUACCAACUUGGUGAGUUCGAAAAGUCAUUGAUAGCUUUCCAUCAAGGAUACCGACUCAGAAAGGAUAUGGAAUGUUUCCGGAUUGGAGUACAGAAAUCUCAGGACGCCAUCAAAAGAGCUAUUGGGAGCCGUACGGCAACUCAGAUGAGUAAUUUGGAUGAAAUCCUGUCCAUAAUUGAGGAACUCCAGGAAAGCAAGCGGAAGGCAGUGAGCACCUGCAAAGACGAGGACUUGCUGGUGAACAUUCUCCGGAGGAGGUUUGGUGAUAAAACCAUUUCACUGACCAAAGCACAAUCCAAGCAAAAAAAUCAAUGGAUUACACGCGAAGUGCUCGGACAAAUGUACAUGGAUCACCAAUAUUUGGCAAAGUUUAUUCAUCGAUCAGAUGUAAAACAGCAAAUGGGACAUGCUGAAGAAUUGCGUGAGACAGCAAAGGACGGACUAAAUUAUUUGGAGAACAGAGAAAAGUUUUGGAGGCAGCAAAAUCCAUUGUAUUCUAGGAAAAUGAUGGCCAAUGUGAUCAAUAACAACAGCUUGCUUGCCAAGCUCAAUUCCUCGUCGCAGCAGCCACCUUCGACAGUUCCAGCAGCAAACCAUAAUCGCGUUAAAUCUGUGAAUGCGGACAAAGCCGGUCAAACCUCAUUCGUGUCUACUCCAAGAUUGACUAUGAACAACAAAGUCAAUAGAAAUUAGAACCUACACAUAUACAAGAACGAGUACUUUUAUCGUACUGGUAUGCCAGUCUUGGCGAUAUCUAAUUGAACAUUAAUAGCGAUUAUCAUAACUCAGAACCUAAAAAACUUCUAAAAAAUUUCACAAAGUUGAACAAUUUUCAGUUAAAUAUGAAACACAUUGUAUAACUCAAGCCAUAAAUUGUUACAGAAUUGCUAAAUAUGAGCACUUCCCUCUGUCAGAAUUGAUAAUAGACACUCAUGAACAGUUAGGUAAAUAACAACGCCAGGUAUUACUUAUUUUAACGGUAUACUUGCUCUUAAUUCUGUGUAUUUAUUUCAGACAAAUAUGAUUGGCAAUGAACUUUCAGAUUAUUGAAUGAUGAGAA